AUGGAAGAUGGAGUAAGACAGCAAGGCACUGUUGAGGAGCUACAAGAAGGUGAUUGGCAGGACGAGGAGUGUGCGGACGAGGAGUGGCAGGACGAGGAGUGGCAGGACGAGGAGUGGCAGGACGAGGAGUGGCAGGACGAGGAGUGGCAGGACGAGGAGGGGCAGGACGAGGAGGGGCAGGACGAGGAGGGGCAGGACGAGGAGGGGCAGGACGAGGAGGGGCAGGACGAGGAGGGGCAGGACGAGGAGGGGCAGGACGAGGAGGGGCAGGACGAGGAGGGGCAGGACGAGGAGGGGCAGGACGAGGAGGGGCAGGACGAGGAGGGGCAGGACGAGGAGGGGCAGGACGAGGAGGGGCAGGACGAGGAGGGGCAGGACGAGGAGGGGCAGGACGAGGAGGGGCAGGACGAGGAGGGGCAGGACGAGGAGGGGCAGGACGAGGAGGGGCAGGACGAGGAGGGGCAGGACGAGGAGGGGCAGGACGAGGAGGGGCAGGACGAGGAGGGGCAGGACGAGGAGGGGCAGGACGAGGAGGGGCAGGACGAGGAGGGGCAGGACGAGGAGGGGCAGGACGAGGAGGGGCAGGACGAGGAGGGGCAGGACGAGGAGGGGCAGGACGAGGAGGGGCAGGACGAGGAGGGGCAGGACGAGGAGGGGCAGGACGAGGAGGGGCAGGACGAGGAGGGGCAGGACGAGGAGGGGCAGGACGAGGAGGGGCAGGACGAGGAGGGGCAGGACGAGGAGGGGCAGGACGAGGAGGGGCAGGACGAGGAGGGGCAGGACGAGGAGGGGCAGGACGAGGAGGGGCAGGACGAGGAGGGGCAGGACGAGGAGGGGCAGGACGAGGAGGGGCAGGACGAGGAGGGGCAGGACGAGGAGGGGCAGGACGAGGAGGGGCAGGACGAGGAGGGGCAGGACGAGGAGGGGCAGGACGAGGAGGGGCAGGACGAGGAGGGGCAGGACGAGGAGGGGCAGGACGAGGAGGGGCAGGACGAGGAGGGGCAGGACGAGGAGGGGCAGGACGAGGAGGGGCAGGACGAGGAGGGGCAGGACGAGGAGGGGCAGGACGAGGAGGGGCAGGACGAGGAGGGGCAGGACGAGGAGGGGCAGGACGAGGAGGGGCAGGACGAGGAGGGGCAGGACGAGGAGGGGCAGGACGAGGAGGGGCAGGACGAGGAGGGGCAGGACGAGGAGGGGCAGGACGAGGAGGGGCAGGACGAGGAGGGGCAGGACGAGGAGGGGCAGGACGAGGAGGGGCAGGACGAGGAGGGGCAGGACGAGGAGGGGCAGGACGAGGAGGGGCAGGACGAGGAGGGGCAGGACGAGGAGGGGCAGGACGAGGAGGGGCAGGACGAGGAGGGGCAGGACGAGGAGGGGCAGGACGAGGAGGGGCAGGACGAGGAGGGGCAGGACGAGGAGGGGCAGGACGAGGAGGGGCAGGACGAGGAGGGGCAGGACGAGGAGGGGCAGGACGAGGAGGGGCAGGACGAGGAGGGGCAGGACGAGGAGGGGCAGGACGAGGAGGGGCAGGACGAGGAGGGGCAGGACGAGGAGGGGCAGGACGAGGAGGGGCAGGACGAGGAGGGGCAGGACGAGGAGGGGCAGGACGAGGAGGGGCAGGACGAGGAGGGGCAGGACGAGGAGGGGCAGGACGAGGAGGGGCAGGACGAGGAGGGGCAGGACGAGGAGGGGCAGGACGAGGAGGGGCAGGACGAGGAGGGGCAGGACGAGGAGGGGCAGGACGAGGAGGGGCAGGACGAGGAGGGGCAGGACGAGGAGGGGCAGGACGAGGAGGGGCAGGACGAGGAGGGGCAGGACGAGGAGGGGCAGGACGAGGAGGGGCAGGACGAGGAGGGGCAGGACGAGGAGGGGCAGGACGAGGAGGGGCAGGACGAGGAGGGGCAGGACGAGGAGGGGCAGGACGAGGAGGGGCAGGACGAGGAGGGGCAGGACGAGGAGGGGCAGGACGAGGAGGGGCAGGACGAGGAGGGGCAGGACGAGGAGGGGCAGGACGAGGAGGGGCAGGACGAGGAGGGGCAGGACGAGGAGGGGCAGGACGAGGAGGGGCAGGACGAGGAGGGGCAGGACGAGGAGGGGCAGGACGAGGAGGGGCAGGACGAGGAGGGGCAGGACGAGGAGGGGCAGGACGAGGAGGGGCAGGACGAGGAGGGGCAGGACGAGGAGGGGCAGGACGAGGAGGGGCAGGACGAGGAGGGGCAGGACGAGGAGGGGCAGGACGAGGAGGGGCAGGACGAGGAGGGGCAGGACGAGGAGGGGCAGGACGAGGAGGGGCAGGACGAGGAGGGGCAGGACGAGGAGGGGCAGGACGAGGAGGGGCAGGAUGAGGAGGGGCAGGAUGAGGAGGGGCAGGAUGAGGAAAAACCAAGCUUUCAAUGGGAAGAUGCAGCAAGACCUCCACCACCCCCUCAGGUAAUCAAUGAGGGCAAAAAGCUCUACAUGAGUGGGAUGAAUAGAUACCACCAUCAUGGGCAAAACAUUAACACCAGGGCAGCCACUUUGGUGCUGUCUACUAGCACUAGAGGUAGUGUGUUAGGAAGAUUACAAUACCACCACAAAGCAGCCAAAUUUGUGCAGUCUGUGAGUAAGUGGCCACAAAAGGUGGGUUCUACACUGGCAAUGAGGGGGAUCCUCACAUCAGAACGUGGCAAAGAAUCAGCUUCCAGCAAUCUAUGA